GCCGCGCUGACCGACAGACGCACGGACGGAUCGAUCCACCGACAGGCGGGCAUGCCGACGGCCUGGCUCUAGUCCGGGCGCGGGGCUCCGGCCGUGGCCAUGGAGCAGAGGCUACGCGCGCUGGAGCAGCUGGCGCGGGGUGAGGCCGGAGGCGGCCCGGGGCUCGACGGCCUCCUGGAUCUGCUGCUGGGGCUGCACCACGAGCUCAGCAGCGCCCCCCUGCGUCGGGAGCGCAAUGUGGCGCAGUUCCUGAGCUGGGCCAGUCCCUUUGUAACCAAGGUGAAAGAACUCCGUCUACAGCGAGAUGACUUUGAGAUCCUAAAGGUGAUCGGCCGAGGGGCCUUUGGGGAGGUUGCUGUGGUGAGGCAGAGGGACAGUGGGCAGAUUUUUGCCAUGAAAAUGCUGCACAAAUGGGAGAUGCUGAAGAGGGCCGAGACCGCCUGUUUCCGGGAGGAGCGGGAUGUUCUGGUGAAGGGGGACAGCCGCUGGGUGACUGCUCUGCACUAUGCCUUCCAGGAUGAGGAGUACCUGUACCUGGUGAUGGACUACUACGCUGGCGGGGACCUCCUCACGUUGCUGAGCCGCUUUGAGGACCGCCUUCCCCCUGAGCUUGCUCAGUUCUACCUGGCAGAGAUGGUGCUGGCCAUCCACUCGCUGCACCAGCUGGGCUACGUCCACAGGGAUGUCAAGCCAGACAAUGUCCUUCUGGACAUGAACGGGCACAUCCGCCUGGCUGACUUCGGCUCUUGCCUGCGUCUCAACAACAGUGGUAUGGUGGAUUCAUCGGUGGCAGUAGGGACACCAGACUACAUCUCCCCUGAGAUCCUACAGGCCAUGGAGGAGGGCAAGGGCCACUACGGCCCACAGUGCGACUGGUGGUCCCUGGGAGUCUGCGCCUACGAGCUGCUCUUCGGGGAAACACCUUUCUAUGCUGAAUCCCUGGUGGAAACCUAUGGCAAGAUCAUGAACCAUGAGGACCACCUGCAGUUCCCCUCAGAUAUGCCUGAUGUGCCAGCCAGUGCCCAAGACCUGAUCCGCCGGCUGCUGUGCCGCCAGGAGGAGCGGCUGGGUUGUGGCGGGCUGGAUGACUUCCGGAACCACCCCUUCUUCCAAGGCGUGGACUGGGAGCGCCUGGCGAAUAGCACUGCCCCCUAUAUCCCUGAGCUUCGAGGGCCUAUGGACACCUCCAACUUUGAUGUGGAUGACGACACUCUCAACCAUCCAGGUACCCUGCCACCACCCUCCCAUGGGGCCUUCUCAGGCCACCACCUGCCAUUCGUGGGCUUCACCUAUACCUCCAGCUGUUCCGCUUCUGAGAGCAGAUCUGAACCUGGGGCUGCCCUGGAGAAGUUCUGCCAUUUGGAGCAGGAUAAGGUGGAGCUGGGCUGGAAGCACCAAGAGGCCCUGCACGGCUGCUCAGACCACCAGGAGCUGGCGCGGCUGCGGACAGAAGUGCAAACUCUGCAGGGGAGGCUGGCAGAGAUGCUAAGAGACAGCAAGGCCCACUUGUCCCAGAUGGAUGGGGCUCCUGCUGGUAGCCUAAGCCAAGACGGUGACCUGUGGCAGGAGAAAGAUCGGCUCCAGCAGGAGCUGGCCGAGGCUCAGGCAGGGCUGCAGGUGCAGGGUCAGGAGCUGCGCAGAGUCCAGGGCCGGCAGGAGGAGUUGCUGCAGCAGCUGCAGGAGGCCCAGGAGAGAGAGGCGGCCUCAGCCAGCCGGAUCCAAGCCUUGAGCUCCCAACUAGAGGAAGCCUGGGAUGCCCAAAGGGAGCUGGAAGGCCAGGUGGCUACCCUGCGCCAGGAGGUGGCACAGCUCCAGGGACAAUGGGAGCGAAGUCUUGAGAAGUCGUCUUCCCCAGCCAAGACGGUCCACACAGCCUCUGAGACCAACGGCACAGGCCUGCCUGAAGGCGGACCCCAGGAGGCCCAGCUGAGGAAGGAGGUGGCAGCCUUGCAGGAACAGCUGAGACAGGCCCGCAGCCGUGGGCCUGGAGAGAAGGACGAGGCCCUGUGCCGGCUGCAGGAGGAGAACCAGCGACUGAGCCGGGAGCAGGAGCGGCUGGCAGAAGAGCUGGAACAGGAGCUGCAGAGCAAGCAGCGGCUGGAGGGAGAGCGGCGGGAGACCGAGAGCAACUGGGAGGCCCAAAUUGCAGACAUCCUCAGCUGGGUGAAUGAUGAGAAGGUCUCUAGAGGCUACCUGCAGGCCCUGGCCACCAAGAUGGCGGAAGAGCUGGAAUCCUUGCGGAAUGUGGGCACCCAGACGCUCCCUACCCGGCCUCUGGACCACCAGUGGAAGGCGCGCCGGCUACAGAAGAUGGAGGCCUCUGCCCGGCUGGAGCUGCAGUCAGCGCUGGAGGCUGAGAUCCGUGCCAAGCAGAAUCUGCAGGAGCAGCUGACGCAGGUGCAGGAGGCCCAGCUGCAGUCUGAGAGACGCCUGCAGGAGGCUGAGAAGCAGAGUGGAGCCCUGCAGCAGGAGCUGGCUGCCCUGCGGGAGGAGCUGCGGGCCCGCGGGCCAGGUGAUACCAAGCCCUCAAACUCCCUCAUCCCCUUCCUGUCCUUCUGGAACGCAGAGAAGGACUCAGCCAAGGACACUGGCAUCUCAGGAGAGGCCCCAAGGACUGGGGCGGAGCCAGAGCUGAGGCCCGAGGGCCGCCGCAGCCUGCGCAUGGGGGCUGUGUUCCCCAGAGCUCCUGCUGCCACCACUGCCCCUGCAGAAGUUCCUCCUGCCAAGCCUGGCUCACAUGCACUGCGUCUCCGGAACUUCUUGUCCCCUACCAAGUGUCUCCGCUGCACCUCACUGAUGCUGGGCCUGGGCCGCCAGGGCCUGGCCUGUGAUGCCUGUGGCUACUUCUGUCAUUCAACCUGCGCCCCCCAGGCCCCACCCUGCCCUGUGCCCCCUGAACUCCUCCGCACAGCCCUGGGAGUGCACCCUGAGACAGGCACGGGCACUGCCUAUGAGGGAUUCCUGUCGCCCUCCCAUGCUUACUUCCCAAAGGUGCCACGGCCCUCGGGCGUCCGGCGGGGCUGGCAGCGGGUAUAUGCUGCCCUCAGUGACUCACGCCUACUGCUGUUUGAUGCACCUGAUCCGAGGGUCAGCCCUGCCAGUGGGGCCCUCCUGCAGACCUUGGACCUAAGGGAUCCCCAGUUCUCAGCCACUCCAGUCCUGGCCCCAGAUGUUAUCCAUGCCCAAUCCAGGGACCUGCCACGCAUCUUUAGGGUGACGGCCUCCCAGCUAACAGUGCCACCGACCACCUGCACCGUGCUGCUACUGGCUGAGAGUGAGGGAGAGCGGGAGCGCUGGCUGCAGGUGCUGGGUGAGCUGCAGCGCCUGCUGCUGGACACACGGCCAAGGCCCCGGCCUGUGUACACACUCAAGGAGGCCUACGACAACGGGCUGCCACUCCUGCCCCACACAUUCUGCGCCGCUGUCAUCGACCAGGAGCGGCUUGCCUUGGGCACAGAGGAGGGGCUCUAUGUGAUCCAUCUGCAUAGCAAUGACAUCUUCCAGGUGGGGGAGUGCCGCCGGGUGCAGCAGCUGGCUGUCAGCCCCUCUGCAGGCCUGCUGGUUGUGCUGUGCGGCCGUGGCCCUAGCGUGCGUCUCUUUGCCCUCGCGGAGCUGGAAAGCACUGAUGCAACAGGUGCCAAGAUCCCCGAGUCCCGAGGCUGCCAGGUGCUGACAGCCGGGCGCAUCCUGCAGGCCCGCACUCCCGUACUCUGUGUAGCUAUCAAGCGCCAGGUGCUCUGCUACCAGCUGGGCCCGGGACCAGGGCCCUGGCAGCAUCGCAUCCGGGAGCUUCAGGCACCUGCAUCUGUACAGAGCCUGGGGCUACUGGGUGAUCGGCUGUGUGUGGGUGCUGCUGGCACCUUCGCCCUCUACCCACUGCUCAACGAGGCUGCACCCUUGGUGCUGGGGGCCGGCUUGGUGCCAGAGGAGCUGCCACCAUCCCGUGGAGGCCUAGGUGAGGCCCUGGGUGCUGUGGAGCUCAGCCUUAAUGAGCUCUUGCUGCUCUUCACCACUGCUGGAGUCUACGUGGAUGGCACUGGCCGCAAGUCACGCAGUCACGAGUUACUGUGGCCAGCAGCACCCACAGGCUGGGGUUACACAGCCCCUUACCUGACAGUGUUCAGUGAGAACGCCAUUGACGUGUUUGACGUGAGGAGAGCAGAAUGGGUCCAGACGGUGCCGCUCAAGAAGGUGCGGCCCCUGAACCCAGAGGGCUCCCUCUUCCUGUAUGGCACCGAGAAGAUCCGCCUGACCUACCUCAGGAACCGGCUGGCAGAGAAGGACGAGUUCGACAUCCCCGACCUCACCGACAACAGCCGGCGCCAGCUGUUCCGCACAAAGAGUAAGCGCCGCUUCUUCUUCCGUGUUUCGCCGGAGCAGCGGCAGCAGCAGCGCAGGGAGAUGCUGAAGGACCCUUUUGUGCGCUCCAAGCUUAUCUCACCGCCCACCAACUUCAACCACCUGGUGCACGUGGGCCCUACUGACGGGAGGCACAGCGCCCGGGACCUGCCCCGAGCUCCGGAAGAGAAGGGCCGAGGUGCCCGCAGCUCCGGCCCGCAGCGGCCCCACAGCUUCUCCGAGGCGUCGCGGCGCCCUGCGUCCAUGGGCAGUGACUGCCUCCCUGGAGACACAGACCCCACAGUGAAGAGGAAACCUUGGACUUCUCUGUCCAGCGAAUCAGUGUCUUGCCCCCAGGGAUCCCUGAGUCCUGCAGCAUCCCAGAUACAGGUCUCAGAGCGGCCCCGGAGCCUCCCACCAGCUGCUGAGUCAGAGAGCUUCCCUUGAUGCACUCUGCAGGGCCCACCCCAACCCCAAGACAGAAGGAUGUGAGGGAGCAAAGAGCUUGAGGAACGCCAUACUCCGGCUGGUCCCGGACACAUGGGAAUUGGACUCAGGGAGGGCCUGGGCGGGCAGUGCCCAGGAGGCUUGCCUGGGUUCCCAGGGCUCAGGAUCCUGACUCCCUACCCUCAUCCUGCCUUUCCCCUUGGCUCCCAUCCCCAGCCUAUGCUGGCCACUGGGAAUAGAAAGGCCCUGGUGCCCCGGGGUGACAGUGCCAAAGCCCUUCCUUCCAGUGGCAAGUCCUGGGGUGCUUUUAAGAGUCAGGGUGAGGAGGAUGGAGAGGGACAAGGUCUCUGGGAGCAGGUCAGGAGUCUUGUGUAGACACUGGCCCCCAGCUGAGAAGAAGAUGGGGCAUGUCAGGGUCUCUGCUCAGGGCAGGGUGGGACAGACAGGCUCUGAUUCAGAGAAAAGAGUAGAAAAAGGAGGAGGCAGGAUGUAGGUGAAGAAGGUGAGAGGCCAGAGGGGGAGAGGAAGUGGAAGAAGAGACAAUAAGGAUUGGAAGGUGAGAGAGGGCAUCCAGAGGAGAGUGGAAAGAUAAAGGAGGAACCAAGAAGAAGAGGAGGGGAGAGGGAGCCGAGGGGGAGAACCAGACCCUGGGGCUCUUCUCUGGGAAGGGCUUGGUGGUACUGGGAGCAAGAUUGACACUGUCAGCUAAUCCGCCCAGGGGGGGAAGAUAAUUCCAAGGAAGGGACGGGAUGGGGAGGGUAUUUAUAAGGCUUCUCGUGGGAGUCGGACACCUGUCGGGGGGCCACUGGGCGGUCUCCAGGCAUACUUUGUCCCUUCCCAGAAAGAGGGGUCCUUUUUCUCGAAGCUUCAACCAACUGUGUAUUAGGGGAACCUAGGGGGCAUUUUAUUAUUGAUCAUAGUCAUUAUUAUUAUAUUACUAUUUUUAUUAAACUUCCUCCCACUAAAGCGUGGGGGGCAAAAUAAGUAUUUAUCUCCUCAAAUGCCACAUCCCUGGGAGGGAUGGACCUGAUGCUCUGAGGCAGCAGGAAACCAAUAAAAGCAACUUUGUAAGCU